UUGUGUUUCGCUUGGAAUUUUGUGUUUGUUUUCUGCAAGAAAAAUCGAGAUAUGGCAGCAGAGGAGGGACAAGUCGUCGGUGUUCACACUGUGGAUGCAUGGACCGAGUUGCUUCAGAAGGGAAACGACACCAAGAAACUGAUGGUUGUUGAUUUCACUGCUUCAUGGUGUGGACCGUGCCGCAUCAUUGCACCAUUUUUGUCAGAGCUGGCCAAGAAGCUUCCAAAUGUCAUCUUUGUAAAGAUUGAUGUGGAUGAGUUGAAGUCUGUUGCUGAAGAUUGGGCUGUAGAGGCAAUGCCGACCUUCAUGUUUCUGAAAGAAGGAAAGAUUGUGGACAAAGUGGUGGGAGCAAAGAAAGAGGAACUGCAGCAGACUGUAGCAAAGCACGUAGCUACUGCUUCUGCUUGAUUACCAAGAUCUGAGUUAUCUUAUGCCUGUAGGGGGCCACAAAGCUUAUGAUCAUUGCUAUAUGAAUCUAGACUUUUAUAUUUAAACUUUUGGCUUGUACAAGUCUCGGGUGGUACUCGAGAUCUUUUCGUAUGAGUUUUUCAUAAAUACAGCUCCAUCUUAGCUCUUUUCAUGGUUUGAAAGAAUUCUACUUGGUGAAUGAUAUAAUCUUUCUUAUU